GAGAUGCCCAUGCUGCUUUCAAUUUUGCUGCUACUGUUAGAGUGCCCAGUCAUAUUUUUCUGUCGCAACAACGGAUAUGCAAUCUCCACACCAAGCAGUGAGCAGUACAGGGGAGACGGUAUUGCAGGUCGAGCUGAAGGUUACGGCAUAGCAGCGAUCCGGGUUGAUGGUAACGACGUACUGGCAGUUUACAACGGUACAAAAGCUGCAAGACAGUAUGCUGUCAAAGAAAACAAACCUGUUAUAAUUGAAGCUAUGACCUACAGGGUUGGUCACCACAGCACAUCUGACGACAGCAGUGCCUACAGGCCAGUGGAGGAAGUGCAGCAGUGGGAACAGGACAGCCCAAUAGCCAGGUUCAGGCUUUAUCUUGAGGCUCAGGGCUGGUGGAAUUCUCAGGCUCAGCAGGAGUUUCUUACCUCAGCCAAGAAACAGGUGUUGGAAGAAUUCUCAAAAUCUGAAAAGAAGCUUAAACCAGAAUGGCAGGAAAUGUUCAACGAUGUUUACUAUGAAAUGCCUGAUCACCUUGCGAAACAGAUGAAAUACAUGGAAAACCACGUGAAACUUUAUAAAGAUAAAUAUCCAGUAAAGGACUUCAAAACCACUAUCUAAAUGAAUUUAUCCCUGCAUUAUGUGACUUAAAAAAGGAAAUUUUACUAGGUUAUCAUUAGUUAUUUUGGUUUAAUCAAUUUGGGUAUAAUAUUUGUUAUGUUGUUUCUUUAAUUAGGUUUAUACAUUAAAGAAAAGUUGUGGUUAAGGCAGGUGAUCGGGUUGACUAAAUUUUGUUUUCGGUUGAUGUAUAGGAUAGGCAUGAUAAAAAGUUUUAUGUUAUAAUCCCAUCCAAACAAAUGUGAAUUUUAGAUCAUUGUCAGUGUUGUGGCAUUCCAAAUUUAUGAAC